UUUAACAGAGAGCUGUGAAAGGUGUUGUGCUUCACUUCUCUUUGAAAAGCCUGAGACAUAGUUGGACUAACUCUGAAGUCAGGAGCUUGAAGCCUCAGCAUGAUGAGCCGUCCACAGAAAUACAUAGAAGGUGAAGCUCUUCACUCUCAACAUGCAAAAUCAAACAAUGCGUUAAAGCUCAGAGUGGCCGUGCUGGUUGUCUGUGUUCUCCUGGUAUCGGCUCUCGUGGUAACUUAUCUCUUGUUGGAGCUUUUGAAAACCAGGGACAUGCUCAGAAACCUUGAGAUGAAGCAGGAAACUGUAAAAGCUGAUGUCACAGAGAGACCUCCUGAAAUCAAACCAUGUAGUACAGUGCAGCCCACAUGCCCGGAGCCUGAAGUAAAAAUUAUAACACAACCGUGCAGCCCAAUACAAACUACAAGCCCACAACCUCCUGAAAUAAACAUGAUAAAACAAUCACACAGCACAAUACCGACUACAACCCCACAACUUCCUGAUAUAACUAUGAAUGAUUCAUGUUAUAAAUGUGAAGACGGCUGGAAGCAACAUGGAGGAAAGUGCUAUUACUUCUCCAUCAGCAAAUCAUCCUGGUAUGUGAGCAGAACUGAAUGUAGGACUACAGGAGGAGACCUGGUUAAGAUAGACAGCAGUGAGGAGCAGAGUUUCUUGAAGACAAAAAUUGAAUAUGGGAGCUAUUUCUGGAUCGGACUGACAGACUCAGCAAAAGAGGGCAGAUGGCUGUGGGUGGACGGAUCACCACUGAAUGAAAGGUUGACAUUUUGGUUCGAUGGCGAGCCAAAUAACAUGCCGUGGCCAGAUCCUGAUGGAGAGAACUGUGCGAUGAUGGGGUACACGGGGAUAAUGUUUUGGUUUGAUUAUCCCUGCAAAGUAACUCUUAGAAGUAUUUGUGAGAAAGCAGCUGUGGCUGUGUGUGUCUAAAAUUCAGUUCAGCAUAAAAAAAAAAGAACGGUGGAAGUAAAGGACACAUUGAGACAUUUUUUCCAAAGCUAAUGCUGCAAACAUUUAAAGCUUCCAUUCAGAAAUGUUUAAAGAAAAAAAAUGAUACACACUGUUUAUAAUGAAAUAAAUGUGAAUGAUUAUUUUGUGCUUGAUUUUCUUAUUCAUGUAUUAUGUGCUAAAAGUUUAAUGCGACCAGAGAAAUUGUUUUUUUUACAGAAAUAAUUUCCUGGAUAAUGUGUUAUUGAACUGUCUGCUGCACAGUCUUUUAAAGCUAAAUAUGUGUUGUGUAUCUAUAUUAAAGAAAAGUACUACAUCUAAAGACAAAUGAGCCUGGAGUCAAAACAAACACUGAUGAGGCAGAUGGGUGCUGCAGGUCAAUAUCUGAAA